AUAUAUUUAAAUGAGUUAUCUCGUGUCUCGUGCAUUUCUAUCUAAUAUAUAAAUAUGUUUAGCUGCGAUCAUGAAUGCCUAAGUAGAAAAGUGUGUUUGUACAAUUAUUUGCACGUACGCAUAAAUUUGAAUUCACCCUGAAAAUAAGUGACAGAGUGGCGAGCGUCGUCUGCAUUUGUUUAAAGCACAUACAUACUCAUUAAUUUAAUUGUACAGAAAGCUUUGUGGAGCUAGUGAAAGUUUUCAAACAAAAUUCCAGAGCGUGUUUGAUGAAAGAAGGUCAUUAUUUGUGUUCCGGAUUAUAGAGACGUGAAAGUUUGUUGUUUGUGUGAUAAAAAAAUGCUGCCCUUUUCCUAUUAAUAUGGGUUAUGUGCAAAUGUACAAGCUACUGCCUUUUCAUUUUCAAAGCCAUUAAAUGAAAAUUUACACUGCGUUUGUAGAGAUUAAACGGCGAAAGCUCUGAUAAAUAUAAAAUUUGUAUUACUGAACUCUUAUCAUGAGUCGUUUUUAAUUUAAAUUGGUUUGAAUGAAUCGAUUCUUUAUUUCUAUUACACAUAAUUUCUCAUUCCAGCUCUCCUGGAUAGUGGUACAAUUUAGUAAAUUUUACAAAACAUGUUUGGCAAAAUGAACGAAAAUCCUCCGCUACCUUUUUUUCUACUCAUCUGGCAGCCUUUCGAUAGAAAUACUCAUAUGUUAUCGAAACAACGUCUGUAUAAUAAUCAGCUGUUGGCUUUUCUCAAAUUCAAUGCUAUGUACAUAAAUAUAUAUGUACAUGGCUACAUAUCAUUGUCAUAUUUGUGCAAAUGUGCCGUGGAUAAAAUUUACCUGCGGUUUGGGCUGAUUUUACAUACAUUAUUCAAUAUCAAGAAGGCCAAUGACUAGAAAUUCAUUCGUUAAGUGAAAAUUCAGCCGAAAAGUUCUAAUUGGGUUAUACUUAUUUUGAUAAAAUUAACAUAAUUUUUCAAUUCGGUUAUAUACUAAUAUGCUUUCACCGCGAUAGCUUCACAUACACGCUUGCAAUUUAUCCAAUUACGCUCAGACACUGUGCUACAGCUUUUUGAUCAUUUUCACUUGAUGAGCUCAUGUUCAAUAGUGGCAGAAAACAAGAAAAAUUAAAGGGAAAAAAUGGCCAAGAAAACCUAAGAUGUGGGAAUGAAAAAAAUUAUGCUAUUGUACUACAAUUGCAAGGGACAUGAAUUGAUUUUUUGUUAUGCUAUGAAUCAACUUUGUCUAGUAUAGAAGAACGUGCACGAGUGCGAAAUAUUUGCGAAAAGCAAAAUUGACAAAAUUUCUUCAUAAAAAUAUUUGAAUGCUAUGCUUAAUUGAAAAGCAUACAAUUUGGCGGAGACGACGGCAUAAACAAACCUUGGCUACGUACGGUGUUUAUUUUAUUUGAAUAAAAAAAAUAUUAAUACAACAAAUAUAAUUUCGAUAAUCAAUCAAAAAAUCACGGGUUAAAUUUAUUGGAAAGUAUCAAAUUUCAUAAUUGGAUUUGUAACUAUAAUGGUGGAUAAAGACGAAGAGAAGAAUAUUGUAACGAACAAUAUAGCACAGAAACAGGAAGUGAAUAAGAAUACGCUGAAAUCUCUUAACGUAAACGCAGCCACGUUACAAAACACUUCAAAUGCAGCAACAGCAUCAUCAGCAGCGGCGGCAGCAGCAGCAAGCGGAGACAGCUCCAAUCAAAAUGCAGCGAAUCAAACACAUUUGGUAGGCAGUCAUAACCAUCCAAAAUUGAUACCCAUACAGAGUGUACUAAACACCACCGACUCACACCAUCAGAAUACUACCACAUCGAGUCAUCAUCAAAUUAAAGGCCAUGAAAAUACGACAUCAGCAUUUCCCCAAUUUCUUGCACCUGGCGGUAAUGUCCAUACACAAGUGGCUACAGAGUUGCCACACGAAGACGAGGAACGCUUGGAGAAUCUUUUCAAACGUUUAGAUAGGGAUGGAAAUGGCCGUAUUGAUAUACACGAUUUAUCGGAGGCACUACGUGAAUUUGGUCUAUCAAGCGUUUACGCUGAGAAAUUCCUGGAGCAAUCCGCUAUAAAUCAAACUGGCGAUGUUGGGCUAGCAGAAUUCGUUUUCUAUGUGCGUGAACAUGAAAAAAAUUUACGUUUGCAGUUCUCACAUUUGGAUAAAAAUAAGGAUGGUAAAGUCGAUUUGGAAGAGCUCAUAGACGCUUUCAAAGAUUUGGGUCUCGAAGUUGAUCAUGAAGAAGCGAAAAAUCUUUUAGCGCGGAUAAAAUAUGAGAAAAUCUCAGUUUUAAGUAUGGAUCAAGAUGGCAGUCUAAAUAUAAGCUUUAAUGAAUGGCGUGAUUUCUUGUUAUUGGCACCCUCAACUGAUAUUCACGAUUUGAUAAAAUUUUGGCGGCAUUCUACUUACCUUGACAUUGGUGAAGAUUUAAAUGUACCUGAUGAUUUCACGCAAAGUGAAAUGCAGACCGGCAUGUGGUGGCGUCACUUAGCGGCUGGUGGUAUUGCAGGUGCAGUGUCACGUACAUGUACAGCACCGUUAGAUAGGAUAAAAGUGUUCUUGCAGGUUCAAACACAUAAAGCCGGAAUCUCUGAUAGUUUAAGAUAUAUGCUAAACGAAGGUGGCUUGCGUAGUAUGUGGCGUGGCAAUGGUAUAAAUGUUUUGAAAAUUGCACCCGAAUCGGCAAUUAAAUUUGCUGCCUAUGAGAAAAUUAAGCGUCUCAUACGCGGCGAUGAGAAGCGACAAAUGACGAUUGGUGAACGUUUUAUGGCUGGUGCAGCGGCUGGUGGUAUCUCACAGACGGCCAUCUAUCCAAUGGAAGUAUUAAAGACACGCUUAGCGUUGCGCAAAACCGGUCAAUAUAAGGGUAUAUUGGAUGCAGCGAAAAAAAUCUAUCUAAUGGAGGGUGUACGUAGCUUUUAUCGUGGUUACAUUCCGAAUAUGUUGGGCAUUAUUCCUUAUGCUGGCAUCGAUUUGGCAGUUUAUGAAACAUUAAAGAAAAAGUAUCUUAGUAGUCAUAAUACGGAACAGCCAAGCUUUCUGGUGCUGUUGGCAUGUGGCAGUGCGUCGAGUACGUUGGGACAGGUGUGCUCCUAUCCAUUGGCAUUGGUGCGAACGCGGCUGCAAGCGCAAGUCAUCACCAAAAGUAAACAACCCAGUGUUGGUAUACCCUUGCGGCAAGCGGGCGCUAUUAGCGAUGACAACAUGUUCGGCGUAUUUCGCAAAAUCCUACACAAUGAAGGCAUAUGCGGUUUAUAUCGUGGCAUAACACCAAACUUUAUAAAAGUGCUUCCCGCUGUCUCUAUCAGUUAUGUGGUUUAUGAAUAUUCAAGUCGUGCUUUGGGUGUGAAUAUGACGUGAUCCCUUUACAUUAAGAUCAAUGUUAACAUUUUAAUAAAAAUGGUCUUUGUUACAAAUACACACGCAUACACUAUAAAACAACAAUGGCGCUCAGAUGCAUAUUGAUACUUUUUAUGGUAUAUAGACAUACAUAAAUAUAUGUGAAUUGAAUAUUGCUCUAGCACUUUGUAGUAUGUACUACUGUUGUACUUUUACUCCCAGUCUCUGCCUAUUGAUUAAACAAACAAACAACAAAAAAAAAACGGAAAAAAUGCUACAUACAUUUGUAUAAUUCAAAUAUAUAUAUAUAUAUAAAUAAUUUUUCUCUGAUAGUAAUAUUGUAGUGAUAAUUUAGCAAAGAUGCUCCGCGUGAUACUAAUUGCUAAUUACAUACAUAAAUAAAUAAUGAAAAAAUUACAAACUACGAAAGCAAAAAAUAAAUAUAUAUAAAAAUGGAACACAGAAUUUGAAAAGGGAAGAAUGAAAAAUGGCGUUGCAGUAGAGGAAGCAGAUGGAAAUUAAAAAAAAAACUGUAGAAUGAUGAGAGUCGUUGACUUAAAACAUAUAUAAUUUAGUUUAUAUAAACGUACUGUGUAAUAUGUAUAAUAGAACUUGAUAGGAUUAUAUAUGUAUAUGUAUGUAUGUACUAUACGCAUAUGUAAUACUAAAUAUUUAUUUCUAAACUAUUUUUUACGCAAACAAACGAAUACACAUGCAAAGAGAGUAGACACGCAUUGACGUAUUGAAACGAAUGUAUGUAUGUAUAUUAUAGAUUCUAAUUUAUUAUUUAUUUAGUUAAAUGAAAAAAUUUGGCGCAUGUAAGUGAAAAUGUUUAGGUAUAUAUCUACUAUAUUAUAUGUAUGCAGUAUGUAUGUUAUUGUAUAAACCGUUUUAAAUAAACUGUACGAGGAGAGAAUGCAUUUGCAGUACUUUUUUCGUUUAAAUAUACCCUUCUCUGUUUGCCAAUUUAAUUUCAAGAAAGAAAAAAAAAAGAAAUACAAAAAUAAAAAAGAAUGAUGUGACAUAUUUAGGCAACCAUUUAUGCUUUAAACUUUCUAUAUAUGAAAAGUACUACUUCUAAAUAAAUAUAUAUACAUAUAUAUAUAUAUAUAUGGUCAGUAAUAAACAUUAAUAAACACAGUUACUUACUUUUUAAUGAUUAUUUAUGUAUAUCUAUUUAGCUCUUUUUACCUUAAAUGUAUGUACUGUGACUGCUUUGAAAGCAAUUACAUAUAUCGACAUUCACAAGCAUAUAUUAAAAGAAAUCUUAAAGAUUCAAUAUAAAAUUCUGACUCUAAUAAAACAACUUCUUUAGCAUUACAACAAAUUAGAUAUUUAAAAAUACAAAUAUUAAAAUUAUAACCUACAUGAAUAUAACAUGCAUACUUUUUGAGGCUGCAAACUAAACAUACAUACAUACAAACAUACAUAAACAUCGCAAUAAGUCGUAACUUCUUAACAUAAAGAACUGAAAGAAAGAUAAUUAAGUUUUAAGUCAAAUAGUAAAAA